UCUGCACGCGUACAAAACGUAUUCAGGCGAAGCGAACGGUUUAAGUUACAUCAUUUGUGUAAUAAAGUAUUUUGUUUCGGCAUUCAUCAUGUUAAGAAAGGUUGUGAUUGUAAGUUGUUUUUUCUCAAUAUCCUUGGCCGGAUAUAUCCAAGUAGAAGAAGAAAUAACUACUUUACCUCCACCCCCUAGACCUUAUGCGUUUGGAUAUGCUGCUGGUAGAUUUUCUGGACACAUUGACAGGACUCAUUCAGAGGUUUCAGAUGGUAAUGGAGUUGUACAAGGUUCCUACGCGUACGUAGACCCCAAACUACAAAUCCGCAAAGUAGACUAUAUAGCUGACCGCAACGGCUUCCACAUACUCAACCUUAACCCUCCGUCAGCUCCAAAUGACACUCCAGUGGUCGCAGCUGCCAAACAUAGACAUUUGGUUCAGUACGCUAAAAUUGCUGAUGCUCACCAACGUACACAAGAGGUUGCAAGUGUUCCGAGAGACUCCCAAGCAGUGCAAUUUGCUAAAAACAAACACUACACGCUUUUCCAGAAAAUUGCCGACGAACACGCUAGAAUUGGAGCUGAACGAGAAGCUCAAAGAUUACAGGAAGCCGCUCAACACCCUAAUUCAGUUGAACACUGAAAUCAAGAGUGUACAGGGUGUCAAGCUAUAAAGUACCACCCCCUGUAACUUUUUUAUUUUUGAUCGUACAUAAAUAAGUUACAAGGAAUGGUACUUUGUGCCUUGUCACCCAGUACAAUUGGCAAAAAAAAUAAGCCUUGUAAAAUAUCAUUUCAUAAUACUGUAUAAAAAAAUCGUAAUUCUUUUAAAAACAAAAUGUUACUUAAAUAUUGUUUUUUUAUCUCCUCUUUCUAGUCGUGCAUUCUUGGUUUAAAAUUACAUUCCAACGGAUGUAUAGUUUUCAUGGUGACGCAGGAUUUCAGCCUCAAAUCGGUCACAGAUUUGUAGGGCGAUGAAAUUUCAUAGUUUCUUACCACAUUGGCUGCGCAGGUUUUCAUUAACAUAAGUGCAUAAGUCUUACCUGAAACAAUUGUUCAAUAUCAAUAUUGAUUUCAAUAAAAAAAUUAUUUAUACCAAUGCAAUUUCUUGGUCCUCCAGAAAAUGGUAUAAAAGCAUAUGGUUCUCUCUUAGCUACCUCAUCAGGUAAAAAUCUAUCUGGAUCGUAUUUUAAUGGUUCAGGCCAGUAUUUUUCAUUACGAUGCAAAUCGAAAACGCUGACAAAUAUGUUGGUACCCUCAGGAAUUAGUUUUGUGCCUAAAUUUAAGCAGUUUAUAUACUAUACAAAUAAAAAAAUUAAAUAUCUUACCAAUAUCUGUAUCUGCACUAGCUUUCCUACCCAGAAAAGGUGUCACAGGCAAAAUUCUCAUAGUUUCCAAAAUGGCUCGUUCAGUGUAUUUUAAAUAGGGUAAAUCUUCAAAAUAUAUGUGCCGAUCACAGCCAACAACUGACAUAACUUCUUGAUAGACUUUUUCCUGAAAAUCUUAAUCAGUUUUUUUCAAAGGAAUGCAAAUGAGCUUUACCUGAACUUGAGGAUGCAUUCCUAGCAUAGUGAAAAAGUAGGUGAGGGUGUAACCAGAAGUAUCAGUAGCCUGAAAAUGAUUUUUUUGUCAAUAAAGAAGUUCUUUGUUUUGAAGUUUUAGGUUCUUACUGCUGUGGUGAACAAAAACAUUUCCUCAAAGAUUAGUUUAUCACUGAAUUUCUCUCCCGUAGACUGUAACAUGGAGUCCAGCAGGGGCAAAGGUAAAUUGCUAUCCAAACAAACUGAGUUUUCAGCAAAUAUUUUUCGUUUUUCUUGGCAAAUCUAAACAUGUUUUAGUUAUUUAGUAUACAUAUAUUUUGUAUUAAGAAUUUAGUUUACUUUAUACACAAUUGAUCUGGCUUCUUUUAGCAAUUUCCACGCUCUUCUGCCUUCUUUUGAAAAGAUCCACAAAUACAUUGGGUAAUAAAAGUUUGUAAUCAUACGUUUUCCGCCCAUAGCUUGAAGCCUAAAAAAUUUAUAUUGAAAAUCGAGGGUCCAGAAAACCAGCUUUUCCAGGUUUGAAAUUUUUCUUGACUCAACUUGGAUUUUGUUUUCUGGGAACGAAAGUGUGAUUAGUUAGUAGGUACUAAAACUUGAAAAAUGCUCAGUAGGAACACUGUAAGUCGUGUAUUGCUUAAAACACUGGAAAACAUUUUGUGUGAUGUGUUUAGGGGCUCAAUACAAGGUUCACAAUAAUUUCAGGGCACCAGUUUUAGGUUUCAUUUCAUAAUAUAUGCCUGUUUGUUUGAAUCUGCUAAUCGACUUUCUGUAUCAAAAUUGGUCUCAUGAUUUUUUAUAUUAAACACUAAAAAAAAGGCGGUACUCUAUAGACCGAAGCAAGGCCAGGGUCCAAUUAUAAAAUACCAAUGAUAGGAGACACCACAAUAAAUCUAACAAGGUUGCAGUGGUAGAAGACACCUCUGCCCAUCUCCAGUCAAACAAAUCUACAAUCUACAAAACACUAAAAAAAUCAACAAAGCACUUUUUAAAAAUUAAAAAAAUCCUUAAUCACUUCCAGCUACCUCCGAGAUAAAAAUUAUUGCGCAAAUUGAUUCCGUUUAUAUGAAUUCAAAGUACUUACUCGCUUAUGCAUUCUACUAAAUUUAUUUUAGGAUUCACUUGUAGAUCAUAGUCGAAACCAAUAAUACUUUCUAUGGAAAAAUCAUAUCGAAAUAAAAUCAAUACUCUUUUAUUAUGACUUACCACAAAAGCUAUCGAAUGUAUACCGCUCAAAUAUUUCGAAAACAUCCCUAUCACCCGCAUCCUUCAAUAUAUCCAACAGAAUAACACUCUUUUUGUAAAAAAAAUGCACAAAAGUAUUGAGCAAAGGCUGACUGAAGCUUUUGGCAAAAUACCUCCUACGUCCUUUCCAAAUAUCAUCUGAAAAUUAAAAAAUGUAAAUUCUGAUAAUUACUAUUUGAACUCAAAUCUUUAACCUGGAGCCAAAAGUAUCGAAUGUCUAAACGCAAUCUUUAAAGUAUCGUAAAAACUCAUUUUAUCAAACGUAUUGGGAUGGUUUAAGACCGCUUUGACUUCGGCAGCGUCCGCAGUAAUAUAGUUAUACUCAUGUCCAAGCCAUAAGUUACAAGGAUGUCCAAAUUUGUGGAUUACAUCUUGGACAGCAACGAAAAAAUCUGAAAAUAUAUGUAUGGGUUAUUUUUAUCUGGAGAAUCAAGGUUAACAUUCACAGAUAUUAUAGAUUUAUGCAAUAAGUACGAUAAUUUUACUAUAAAAUAUGAUUAUUAAUAUUAUUAUUACUAAUAUGCAAAUCUCAAUUUUCUUUCAAUGUCUGGCUUACUUUUUCCAAUAACGUGAAAUCCAUUUCCAAUGACGGGAUAAAACUUGUGUCCGGGAUAAUCUCUGGCAAACCUGAAAAUAUGCCUCUUAUCGAACAGUGAUUUCACUAUCAAAAACACUAUAAGGAAAAUCACAGAUCCAGGCACACUCACUAUUAGAGGCAAAUCAAAAAACAUUUUAUUUUUUUUUGUUAAUAAUUGC